GAACGCACCCCGCCUGCCUCGCUCUCUAGUUACAGUAUGGCGGCUCGGACUUGCGGAGGAGGACAACUUCUUCUAGAUUCCUUCCUGAAAACAGUGGGAAGGCUACGACUUUAAUUAAAAAAAAUAUCUUGACAAACACGGAAGACGACAGCGCAACUUGUGGCUUUAUCGGAGUUUUUUUCCUGGAUGAUAAUCGUGCUGGUGUGAUGCGUAAGGAGGACCCGCAGUCAAGAAACUCCCCUGAUUUUUCCGCGUCUGACUGUCAGUUAGCCGGCUAGCUGUUCGGUUAGCUCACCACCUUCAUGCUAACGUUCGCUUGCAGGGCUCCGUAGUAGCCGAAAGGCAAGCUAGCUUGCUGCUUAUAUUUGCUCCAGGAGACAGGGAUGGCAUUUCCCCUCCAUCCGGUAAGCGAACUGAUUGAGUCGGGUGGGGAAAACACAUUUGAAGACCUGGUUAAUAAAGUUUGUCAGCACUCAUUAGCCUAGCCUAUCCUAGCAUAGCUUGUUGGUACAACGCCAGAAAACGUUGGCCGAGAGAGCGCUUUGCCUGUCCACUAGCGAGCUAGCCAAUUAGCAUUUUAGUUGCACAAGAAUAACUGCUAAUCCUCCGCUCAUCCCGGCUGAGUGUUUUGAAGCCUCUUGCUCUUACUAAAUUAGACGAGAAGUGGACACUGGCCUGAUUUAGUUGGCCAAAUUGCCGUUAAUGUUUAAAAACUCAGGGGUGUUUUGGGCGUUUAGUCUGCUAGGUGUUGUUAGCGACCUUAUAGGUGUUCUGUGGAGGGAGUGGUAACGUUAGGUAGCUAGCUAAGGUUCCCUGUAUCAGGGCAACAAUGUCACUCUGAUUACGGCUGUAAAUGACUAAUAGAUUAAACAUGACACAUACUAAAUGUGCGUAAACCGACUGCACAUUGGGGUGUGUGCCCGUUGUUAGCUCGCUGCAAUACAACACGUAGAAAGCGCGAAAUAAUAUUAACUGUUCCCAAAAUACAUGAGCUGUAUAGCUUCCUGGAUUGAUAACUCAUUCAAUUGGUAGUCACGGUUACUGGUGUGACCUGUUGCUAUCUUGGGGGGCUAAUCAUCAAUCCCUCGCCUGCUUCAGUGCUGGAAUAGUUUGAUGGACGUUGGAGGCUGUUUUCCAGGCUGUCAGUGCUAUACUCAGUCAUGUAUGUCUUGACACAUGGCACCUUGGUCUGGACAUAGUGCCUGCUGUCAGAUAUAUAAGUAUCGUAAUGUAGCUUUGGUGGACAGUCAGUAAGAGGAAUGUCUUGUCUUUUAUAUACCUGUUGGUUUGUUUUUUAUUUUCAUUUGUUUCAAACACAGGGGAGUCUUGUUGAAUCGAAGAGGGAAGGCAGUGCAGCCCGGGCUGUGCACAGUGGACAAUGUUUAUUAGUUAGUGCCUAGGAACUUAGAGGACUAACAGUUCAGCCUACAUAUAGGCCACAGAUAUUGUACAUUUAUUCAUUGGGGAUUGCAACAGAAGACUGCCACUCUGGAUCAAGAAAACCUGUCCCUCGUGUCCGGUUGGAGUAACACUCUAAAGCCAAAGUCAAUGCCUUCAGCGUUGGCUGUGUUUGCCUGCCGACCAAACUCGCAUCCAUUCCAGGAGCGGCAUGUUUACCUGGAUGAGCCAGUCAAGAUCGGCAGGUCUGUGGCUCGGUGUCGGCCGGCCCAGAACAAUGCCACCUUCGACUGCAAGGUGCUGUCCAGGAAUCAUGCCCUGGUUUGGUUUGACCACAAGACCGGCAAGUUCUUCCUGCAGGACACUAAAAGCAGCAACGGGACGUUCAUCAACAGCCAGAGGUUGAGUCGCGGCUCGGAGGAGAGUCUUCCCUGCGAGGUUCUCUCCGGAGACAUCAUCCAGUUCGGCGUCGACGUCACUGAGAACACACGAAAAGUCACCCAUGGCUGCAUCGUGUCAACAAUCAAACUGUUCCUACCUGAUGGGAUGGAGGCACGGCGGCGAAGCGAUGUCAUCCAGGCUCCGUUACCACUACCUGUAGACAAGGUUGCAGCCAACACUCCCAGUAUGUAUUCAGAACUGUUCCAGCUCUCCCAGUAUCUACAGGAGGCCUUACACAGAGAGCAGAUGUUGGAGCAGAAGCUCGCCACUCUGCAGCGUCUGUUAGCCAACACACAGGAGGCCUCGGAGAGCAGCUGGCAGGCUCUGAUUGAUGAAGACCGCCUGCUCUCCAGACUGGAGGUGAUGGGCAGUCAGCUGCAGGCUUACUCUAAGUCCCAGCCUGAGGAAGGGAUCCGUAAGGAGCUCUUGGCUCUUCAGGAGGACAAACACAACUACGAGACGACGGCGAAGGAGUCGCUGAGGAGAGUCCUGCAGGAGAAGAUUGAGGUGGUCAGGAAGCUGUCAGAGGUGGAGCGCUCGCUCAGUAACACGGAGGACGAGUGCACCCACCUGAAGGAGAUGUCAGAGCGGGGCCAGGAGGAGCUGAGAGAGCUCGCCAACAAAUACAACGCUGCCGUCAACGAGAUCAAAGAGCUCACUGAAAAAAUUAAGGAGGCGGAGGGCCGGCAGGAGGAGCUGACUCAGCGGGGGGCGAAGGAGAAGAGGGAGUUAGAGCUGCGGAUCGAGGAGAUGGAGGAGAAGGAGCAGGUUCUCCAGGCUCGCAUCGAAGCUCUGCAGGCCGACAACGACUUCACCAACGAGAGACUCGCCGCCCUGCAGGUGCGGUUAGAACAGCUACAAGAGAAAAGCAUAAAAGAAAACAACAGCCUGGAUAUGGACAUUGUCUCCCACGGACCAGUAGAGGAGGCUGUGGAGGAAAAACAGAACCUGCAGACCCCUGAGAGCCAGGAGGAAGACGAGGAUGAUGAUGAAGACACUGACACAGAUGAUGCUGCAUUUGGUGAAGAUGAAGAUGCUGAUGACAACUGUCAUGUUAACAACAGCGGAGGAGACUCGACUAGAAUCCAACAGUUGAUUGAGUGUCCGCCGGUCAAACAGCUGAAGGAGGCUGUGAGUUCUUCCAUCCACAAACUGGCCAACUUUGAUGAAGUGAUGGACGCCCACCUACAGAACAACCAGUCAGCUGAAGACGACAUCCUGGCCAGCCCUGACCGACUCAAAGGGAACCAGACGGAUGGCAAGGAGUCCGACAUGUCAGACACUCUGAGUCCCAGCAAAGAUCGCAGCAGUGACGACACGUCAGACGGCAACAUGGACGACCAGGAGCUGAUUGAACCUCAGAACAGAGUAGCUCUGCUCAAAGCUGAGUUGAAUCGAGCCGGGCUAGAGCCUGGAGACACGGAGCAGGUCAUCCACCACCUCCACAGAGAGCUUCUGGAUGCCCAGGAACUAGCCAACACCGGCAAGCAGAGGUGUCUGGAGCUACAAGCUCUGCUGGAGGAGGAGAGGAGGAGUAACUCUAAGCAGACUGAAGAGUCGACCAAACAGAUCCAGUACCUGCAGACUCAGCUCGGGAAGCUGCAGGCCGACAUGGAGGGGCUGAGGGAGCAGAGGGAGAGCACCAUCUGCACCACCCGAGAGGAGCUCUACUGCGCCCAGGAGGAGAUUAUUGUCCUCCGUCACGCCAUGGAGGCAGCAACGACAGAGCGCGAGCGGGAGAUCACCGCCCUGCAGGCCGACCUAGGCAACGUGCGCUCUGAGCUGGAACACUGGAGGGAAACGGCCGGGAAGUACGGGGAGAUCAGCCGGCUGCAGGACGCCUUCACGCAGCAGCAGCAGCAGCAGAGCUCCGCCACACUGCUGCAGGCGGAGUGUGUUACGUUGCAGCAGCAGUGUGUGUGUUUGCAGCAGGACUGUGACGGCCUGAGAGGGGAACGGAAAGCUCUUACAGACAAACUGCACCGCCUGGAGACUGAGCUGAGCAGCACCAGGGAGCAGACUCAGGUCCUCAGCAGCAGUCUGGAGUCUCUGGAGAAGAGGGAGGGGGUUCUGCAAGACAAACUGGGUUCGCUGGAGAAUCAACACCUGCAGGAUGCAAGCAAGCUGAAGAGCCAGCUGGACCAGGCCCAGGCCCACACACACACACUGCAGAGAGAGUAUGAAUACACACAGUCACAGCUGCUGGACCUCCGUCAGCGCUAUGAGAGGACAGAGAAGGAGAAGCUGAACAUCCACCAGGAGCUGGAGCAGUGCAGGAGUAGCCUGAAGCUGCUGCAGGACAAGACCAGCUCAAGCGGAUGGAGCCCCUGGAUGCCGGUCAUCGCAGUGAUGGUCGCCGUAACGGCAGCCGUCCUCUACCCCAACUUCUCUAAGAGCAGCUCCACCUAGGACACACACACAUACACACACACUCACAGAAACAGAGAGUGCUGUGAGGAGAGCAUCACUGCUUUACUUGUAUAAAGUCUAAUUGUACAUAAUUGUAGAGGGAUUAUAAAAGGUUGUGGUUUCUACAGAGGAUUCAGAAGCUUCUCGGUUUAUUUUGUUUUGUGUUGUUGUUUUUUUCUGCGGCGGGGAGUUUUGUUGUCGUUUUUAUUCUCGGCUCUCUCUCAGCUAUGGUGGGGGCUUCCUUUGUUGGUCUCUCUGCUGAUUUCUGGGUUAAUAAAGCGUUCUCGAGCAGGCCGGACUUCCACACAGAUCACUUGCCAGAGGUGGCACUCAAAUCCCCGGGGUGCAAGUGAACGCAACACUUUCCAGCACACUCAGUCCACACAUAUGAACAUGAUUCCCAGUUUUCAGUUUAAGGUGCAUUUUUCCUAUAUUUUUAUAGAUUUCAUCGGCUACUGGAGUCUGUUACCGAGCAGUAUUCAUCUCUGGAUCCAUCAGGAGUGGUUUUAAUUCUGUUAGGAAAAGUUCUUGGGCAGGACUGACUGACGGAUUUAGUAUUUCUUUAAUGAGGAAAAAAACUGUGCUUGUCUCCGUAUUCAGCUUUAAUUUCCCUCUCUAAAUUCUUCAAUCCAGUUUGGUGCUCUUAAGUAUGAGUCACCAUUCUGUGUGUAUGGUUCCUUUUAGAUUUUAGCUGCAGAUAUUUGGUGCCAGGCUACAGCAAAUAUCUAAAUUGGCUAUUUUAAUUCCCAAAACAUUGCUCAAGUUUUCCUCUUUGUUUUUGUCAGGGAAGAAAAAUGAUCAAUAAUGAGUUACAAACUUGGCAACGGCGGUUAUAAUUAUAUUAAGUAAUUAUUUGUGUCUGAAUAUGCACUGCUAAAGCUCAGUGAAAACUCAUCUAAUGUGUUUUCUACAUUUAAUCCUGAGGCUCUGUAUAAAAGGAGUCUAAAUCAAGUUUUAACCACUGUAAUAUUCCUUGUAGUGUUCUGCGUACAUGGUGCAUAUUCUUAAACAAAUCAGUGUUUGAUCAAAUUACAACUCACAUGGGCAUACUCGUCAAAUUUGGACCUAACUAUUAUUAUUUUAGCUUUAUUGUUAUUAAUACGACCCUAAAAACACUACUACUACGCAGUAAAUCUACACCAAAUCAGACAAUCUGAGUUGAAUAAAAAGGCAAAUAAAAAACAAUUAAGUAAAAUCUCCUUCAGAAUUAAUAUUUAGACUGAAACAUGAUUUGUGUCUGCUGGAAAGUGUUUGCGUUAUUUUCUGGAAGUCCGGCUCUGCUCUGUUCUGGUUUCAGUCGGCCAUGUUGGAUUCUAACAUGGACUUUUAAAAUAUUUGUUGUCUUUUCUUUCCUGUGGGAGUUUCAAGGUCGGGGGUUAAAACUUGAAGCCAAAUUAUUAAAACUAAAAAUCUGAUUUAUUUUCUGUGAGGGGUUUAUGUUUUUUUCACUUUUGGGGCACAGUAACGGGGCUCAAAGUGCCUCUGAUGUAACUUACACCACCGUUUGUGUAUGUGUGCGGACAAACACAACCACACACACUUUCUCGGAUGAACACACACAAACACACACUUUUUUUUUUUUUUUUUUUUGCCUGCCAGAGGUCUGUCAGUGUUAAGAGAGGAGAGAAGCUGAAGUUGCUAAUCCACAGUACUUCGUCAGCUUUUUCCGGAGCUCUCUCCGGUUGAAGAAGCCUGUGAGAAAAAUCUUGUAAAUUGAUAUUAAUUUGAAUUUAUUUCAUCAAAUAUAAUUGUGGAUUUAGAUAAAGAUGAUGCCUCGUUGACGACGAAGCGGAUGAUCUCUUGGUCCAGAAUAAAAUGUUUGAACUGUGACGCGAUGGAUCUAAGACAUUUUAUAAUAUCUACUCGUCAAAUAACUCGAUUCAUGACCAGACAACUCAAAACCAGCCAACGGUUCAUCAACUGUGCGGUUAGGGUUAGGGUUAGCAUUAGCCCUUCCCAAACACUGUACGAAACAUUGCUGGCUUAAGUUAUCUCCGGAAACAUAAAACUUUAUGUCUUAACUUGAUAAUAAACCGGACAUUUACAGAGGAAGAUCAAAACUAAGGGGGAAUUAGGCUAAAUUGGAUAUUUCCUAGUACUUUGUAGUGGUUUUACUUUUUGUGCCUAAAUGACUGAGGUUAAAUAUUUGUACAGUAACGUUAGAUCUCUCUGUGCAUGUUCAGCCUUGUGCUGCUGCAGCUUUUACAUUAAUCUGAUGGCAUUCAAUUCAAUCUUAUUGUUUAGAAGGUAAUACUACAUAACAAUUACCACGGUGUUUAUACAGACAUGCAUGUUUAUUUGCCGUUAGAUUAAUGUGGAGGCUGCACGUUAGCCUGUGGAUUCUAAACAUUAGCGCAACUCGUGCUGUCAUUUUAGGUCCAUGUAAUUGAAGCAUGGUACAGAAGUUAAGGUUGUUUUUUUUCCAAUCAAAAAUAUUUUAAAUUCAUGUCAGAUAAGUGGAUUAGUGUCAAACCUUCAGCAGGAAUGUGUCAUGUGCACACAUGACAACCAAAAAACAGGGACCUACUCACUAAACAUUUCUGCACAGUGCAGAAAAGUGAACAAAAAUGUUUAAAUGUUGUUUGAAGUCCAGCUGAGCCUAAUAAAAUGCAGCUUCUCUCCAAACAACAUCAAAACACUUCAGGCCUUUCCAGCAGACAUUAAAUUAUUUUGAUGUGUGUUUGUGUGUGUGUGUGUUUGUGUGUGUAUAGGGAAGUGUGUGUCUGUUCACACUCUGGACUCUUUGUCAUCGUUCGUGUACUUUGUCUUGUCUCUGUGUUUAAAUAAAAUAAAAGACAACAAACAAAUAUUCCUGAUGUUUAAGAGAAAAACACUACAGUACAGAGAGAGAAUUGUAUAAUAAAAUGUUAUUGAAUGAUGUGCUACUAGACUUAUUUUGUUAAAAUUGUUUAGAGAUAUGAGAGGGAGCUAUGUAGAGGAUAUGAUGAUGUAUUGAAUAUGCAGAGCGAUGUUUGGAUUAAAGUUGUAGCAAGCUGACCCACCAAA